AACGUGCGCAUCUUUCCCCAGGCAGUGGCCAUGGCCACACAGUUUAAAGACAUAACCACGUGUCCUGUGUGCCUGACUGCCCUCGAAGCGCCCAUGUACCUGAAAUGCGGCUUCGCCUGCUGCCUGCAGUGCCUGCACUCGCUGCGGAGGGAGCCGGGCGGGGACGGCUUGCUGUGCCCCUCCUGCCCCGUGGUCUCUCAGGAGGAGGACAUCAGGCCCGGUACCCAGCUUGGGAGGCUGGUUGCCAAGAUCAAGGAGUUAGAGCCCCAGCUGGAAGCUGUUCUACAGAUGAACCCAAAGAUACUCAAGUUCCGAGCGGAGGUGACCUUGGAUGUUGAGACAGCCAACAGCAACCUUGUCAUUUCUGAGGACCUGAGGAGUGUCCACUGUGGGUGUUCCACACAGAACUGGAGGCCCGGGGCUGAGAGAUUCAACUCCACCCUCUGUGUCCUGGGCUCCCCUGGGUUCUCCUCUGGCCGCCACUACUGGGAGGUGGACGUGGGGAGGAGCGAGGAAUGGGACAUGGGGGUUUGCAGGGCCUCCGCGAAUCGGCAGGGGUCCAUUCUGCUGUCCUCGGAGCUCGGCUUCUGGACGGUGGGCCUGAGGAAGGAACUCUACCAAGCCAACACCAUGCCUAUGACGGCUCUCUCGGUAAGCCCCCGGUUACACCGCGUGGGGAUUUUCCUGGACGUGGAUUUUGGCACCGUGUCCUUUUAUCACGUUGGAGAUGGAUCCCAUAUUUUCACGUUCUCGAAAAUUCCUGCUGGAGAGACACUGCGUCCAUUUUUUGCUCCUGCGUUUCCCAGCAUGGAUGGCGCGGGCGUGCUGAGAAUCUGUCCUGUGGUGAGCCCAGGCGCUGCCAGCCCUGCAGUGGACUCUGGGCCGGACCUAUGA